AUGGACACAUCAGAUAAACAAGAGCCCAUUGCCAUUAUUGGUGCAUCAUGCCGCUUUGCUGGCGAGGCGUCAUCGUUGGGUUCGCUAUGGGAUAUGAUUAGCAAGGUCAAAACUGGCCACUGCGCAGUUCCAGCUGAUCGAUGGGACAGCAAGAACUGGUAUCAUCCCGACCCAGACCGCAAAGGCGGUAUUCAUCCUCAGCAUGGCUACUUUAUCCAGCAGGAUAUUAGCCAUUUCGACGCUCCCUUCUUCUCCACAACAGCCAAGGAGGCUGCUGCUAUGGACCCUAUGAAGAGAAUGCUGCUUGAAGUCACAUAUGAAAGCAUAGAAAAUGCCGGUAUCAUGGUCGAGGAUCUAAUGAACAGCCGCACCGGAUGCUACGUUGGCUGCAUGACCAACGACUACGAAAUGACUUCACUACACGAUAUUUACGAUAUACCCCAUCCUGCUGCCUCUGGCUUGAGCGAAGCCAUGACUGCCAACAGAGUCUCCUGGUUCUACGGCCUCAAGGGUCCUAGUUUGACCCUCGAUACAGCUUGCAGCUCCUCUCUAUAUGCUCUUCACCUUGCGUGUCAGUCACUGAAGCUCAAGGAAACAAACAUGUCUAUUGUUGCCGGUGUCAACCUCAUGUUCAACCCCAACACCUAUCAUCAGCUCACUGCCAUGCACAUGCUUAGCCCCGAGGGCAUUUCACAUACAUUUGAUGACCGUGCCAACGGCUACGGUCGUGGUGACGGUAUUGGAGCCCUGAUAGUUAAGCGUCUAUCAGAUGCUAUUCGAGACGGUGACACCAUUCGCGCAGUCAUCCGUGGCAGCGGCGCCAAUGCAGAUGGCAAAACACCCAGUAUUACACAGCCUAGCUCUACAGCGCAGGCAGAGCUGAUCAACCAGACAUAUGAAGAUGCCGGCCUGGACCAAGCAGAAACCGACUACUUUGAAUGCCAUGGUACUGGCACUCCUGUCGGUGAUCCCCUCGAACUCACUGCCAUUGCUUCAACCCUGGGAGCUGCUCGACGCAACGCUGGCAAAACACCUCUCUAUAUUGGCAGUAUCAAGCCUACUGUUGGUCACACUGAAGGUUGUGCUGGCUUAGCAGGUGUAUUCAAAUCCAUCUUGCUUCUCGAAAAGGGCCUGUUGGUUCCUACCUACGGCGUGGAGAGAGUGAACCCGAAGCUCAAGCUUGCCGAUUGGCACCUCGCCUUGCCUGAGGAUAUUCUGAGAUGGCCAACAUCUGGCAUGCGACGAGUCAGUGUAAACUCGUUUGGUUUCGGUGGUGCCAAUGCUCACGUUAUUCUCGAUGACGCCCACCACUACCUCGAAGCUAGAGGACUCAAGGGCAAGCAUAACACUCUUAUCCACUACUCUGACUCAGAUUCGGGCCUUGAAGAAGACGCACCUGUUGACAUCACCAGUGUCAAGGCUUCAAAGAAGCUGUUCCUAAUCACAGGCAAGGAUCAGGCUGGACCUAAGCGUGUUGCCGACGACCUCAACACAUGGCUUCAUCAGGAUUCUGACGAGACCAAGGAUUUGGCGUUGAUCGACAACCUUGCAUUUACCCUUGGCAUGCGCAGAAACCACUUGGAGCACAGAACCUACGCCGUUGCCAGCUCAGUAGAGGAGCUUAGUGACAAGAUCACCAAGGGUUUACCCUCUGCCAUUCGCUCGCAACGACAUGGUGAGAAUCUGGUCAUGGUCUUUACUGGCCAGGGAGCCCAGUGGCCAGCUAUGGGACAAGAGUUGCUCGAGAACGCCAUCUUCCGCCAAAGCAUCGAAAUGUCACAGUCUUAUCUCAGUGCUCUCGGCUGCAAAUGGGAUACUGUGGAGGAACUCACCAAGACGGAAGGUUCCAACAUCAACAUGCCUGAAUACAGCCAGCCUCUUUGCACAGUUGUGCAAGUUGCGCUAAUUGAUCUUUUGCGCUUCUGGAACAUUUUGCCAGCCGCUACUAUUGGUCACUCUAGUGGCGAGAUCGCUGCCGCCUAUGCUGCAUCGCUUCUCACACACGCGGAUGCUAUUAAGUUGGCUUAUGUCCGCGGUGUCAGUUCGGCGGCUGUUUCAAAGAAGGGUGCUAUGAUGGCUGCCGGUCUCUCACAAGAGGAAGCUCAGGCAUACCUUGACCAAGUCGCUCCCGAGGCUGCUGUUGUAGCCUGUGUCAACAGCCCGUCAAGCGUCACUUUGUCUGGUGAUGUUGAUGCUAUUGACCAUUUGGAAAAGGUCAUUUCUGCUGACGGAAAGUUUGCCCGUAAGCUGAAAGUCACAACCGCCUACCAUUCCCCACACAUGCGCGAGGUAUCGCCAACUUAUCUCGGCAUGAUUGGCGAUCUUACACCAAAGGAAGCUAGAGAGACAGAGGGCAGCCCUGUCAUGUACUCGUCUCUCACCGGAAAGAUGGUGACUUCUUCUGUCGAGUUGAACGCUGAGUACUGGGUCAACAACAUGCAGAAUCCCGUACAGUUCACACAGGGUCUCUUUGCACUGCUCAAGCAUAAGAAGAAGGCUCCCGGAGGUACUCGUCCCGUGGCCGUACAAUGGGGAGGAUUCCUUGAAGUUGGUCCUCACGCUGCCCUCCAAGGUCCUCUGCGACAAAUCAUCGAUGCCAGUAACAACAAGUUUGCCAAGGCAGCACCUUAUGCAUCCAUGCUUGUUCGUGGAAAGGACGCCGUUGAAACAGCUAUGAGUGCUGCGGGAGCUCUCUGGGCUGCAGGUUGCAAGGUUGAUAUGAACGCCAUUAACCAAGGCAAUACCAGGGAUAAGGAUCCUCAGAUGCUGUGCCAUUUGCCAAACUACCCUUGGAACCACAGCAGAAGCUUCUGGCACGAGUCUUACUCCUCCAAAGCUUACCGCUUCCCUCCUCAUGUUCGCAGCGACUACCUCGGUAUGCCUGAAGAUGCUCAAAACAGCCACGAGCCUCAAUGGCGCAACUAUCUCCGCGUCUCUGAGAACCCCUGGAUUGAAGACCACAUCAUCACUGGUACUGUCUUGUAUCCUGGAGCCGGUAUGCUCGUUAUGGCGCUUGAGGGCGCUCUUCGCACAGCGGACGCCUCCAAGACUAUCCAAGGCUACCGACUUAGCAAUGUCAGCUUUGAGCGCGGCUUGGUCGUCUCGUUGGACGAGGAAGCUCCCUUGGAGACUCGAAUCAACUUCCAUCCUCACGGCAAUGCCACCAACUCGUGGGCAUUUACCGUAUACUCCAUGACCAACGGCUCACCAUGGACCAAACACUGCGCAGGAACGGUUACCAUUGAAUACCAGGAGGCUGCUAGGGAUGUGGAAGAAGACAACGUUGAUGCUCUGUGGCACAGGCAGACAGCUAUGCGAAACGCCCUCACUGCUGAAUCCGGAUCUCUGGAAGUCAACGUCGACGACUUUUACAACAACCUCGAAAAGAUUGGCAUGCAAUAUGGCCCAGUCUUCCGCAACACUGUUUCUCUCACUGCUGUCCCAUCACAGGAUGCUUCGUACGGCUCUGUCAGGGUCCCCGAUACCAAAGCAACCAUGCCAAAGCAGUACGAAUCUUCUCACAUUAUCCACCCGGCAACACUAGACUCCAUCUUCCACUUGGUACUUGCUUCGGUGGAUGCUGGACAGCCUACCAAGCAGGCCGUUGUUCCCUACAGCAUUGAGGAAAUCUACAUUGCCAGCGACCAGCCGAAGGGCCCCGAGUCUCUCUACUCUGGUUAUGGACGCCUACUUGCCCAUGACGGCCAUGAGCUUACAGCCGAGCUCAUUGUCUCCGAUCAAGACUGGACUGCACCAAAGCUGACAGUUAAGAACUUUGCUCUGCGUCAGGUCACAGCUGGAGACGACUUGGAUUCUGCCAACUUUGCGGCUAAUCAAGCUGUGAAGAACUGUGCCUCGUUGACCUGGAUUCCUGACAUGAACUUUGUGACAAACGACGCUGACUUACAAAACGUCACCAAGGAUUCCUUGGAUAACGUUUUUGAUUCUGUUUUCUUGAAGUCUUCCAGCACUGUCGCUACAGUCGUCUUACUCGAUGAAUCAGAGAGUUCCAUAGAGACUCUCCGUCAACUCAAGAACAGAUCGUACGGACCCAAGAAGAUUACGGCCUACGCAGUCUCUGAAACUGUCUCCAAGUCCAUGGAAGCAGUCCUUGGGCAUACCACAGAGUCGAAUACCGUGGAGUAUCGCUUGGUAGCGGAGCCAGAACUUAUUUUGUCUCUUGCUGCCGAAUCUCGCGACAUUGCUGUCAUUCUUGGAUCUGAUCCUUCAACACAUGACAUGGAGUCUUUCUCGAACCUGGCUCCUGUGGUCUGUCUCACUUCUGUUGCAGAUUUGAACAACAUCACGCUUUUGAACCAACCUGAAAAGCACAGAACAAGCUUCACUGAGCGUUCCACCAACACAUUGGUUCUUGCCUCUGCCAAAUCUUUCUCUACCACACCACCAUCGUCUGUUGCUCUCCUUGUUCCUGAGACACAGUCCGACUUGCUCAAGGCCUUUGUUGCAAACAUCCAGAGCAACCUUGAAGCGCUUGGACUCAUAGUGGAACAGGUUCAGUUUACUUCAGAAGAAAUGGCCAAGCUCAGUGGCAAGACUGUCAUCUCUCUGCUAGAGGUAGAUGCACCUCUUGUGUACCAGUGGAAUGAAGGACAGUUUACAGCAUUCAAGACGCUGAUUUCCACUGUUAGCCACUUAUUCUGGAUUACACAUGGCAGCCUACUUGAAAGCUGGGCCAACGGCGUCGAAUUCGCUACCAGCCAGGGUCUGCUCCGUGUUAUGCGCAACGAGAACCCAAUCGCAGUGCUGCCUUCGUUCGACAUGUCUGCGAUUGCUGAUAUUACUAGCCCAGCCUACAGUGAUUUGAUCCUGAAUGCCUGGAAGAACUCACUAGCAGAAGAUGCCGACAUGGAAUACGCUGAAGGCAACGGCCUGAUCCAUAUUGCCCGCGCUACCGAAGAGGCCGAUUUCGAUUAUGAGCUUCAGCUAGCCAGCAACACUGCUAAGCCAGUCCUGGCAUCCCUUGGCUCUAUUGGCAAGCCUCUCCAAGCCACUGAAUCCGCGGGCUCUGGCUGUAUCUGGAUACCAGAUGAACAAGCCAACGCUACUCUUGCGCCUGGCGAGGUGGAAGUCAGAGUCGAAUAUGCCGGUAUCCGACCCGGACAAAAGUUGGCCAAGGUACGCCAUGCAGUCGGUGUAGUCACCAAGAAGGCUGAAGAUGUCACUGGCUUCAGCAUUGGCCAAAAGGUAGUUGUGUUUUCGAACAGCACCUCCAAGACUCACAUACGCCAACAGUCGGCUCUUGUUGCACCGUUACCUGAGUCUAUGGCCGCAACGCAAGCUGUUUCCAUGGUGGAGCCCUUUAUUACUGCUUUGUACAUUUUGAACGAGCUCGCACGUUUGAGACCAGGACAGACACUUCUGGUGGAUGAUGCCGCUAGCGAAGUUGGCCAAGCAGUGAUUCAAGUCGCCCAGGUCAUGCAGACAACCAUCUUUGCCCUUGUCUACAGCAAGGAUGAGAAGGAGUUGCUAAACAAGCAGUUUGGUCUACCAUCAAACCACGUCUUUGAUUCGCUCUCUGCCAACUUUGUGCCUCUGAUCGAAAUUCUCACGCAACAUCGCGGCGUCAAUGUAUUCAUCAGCCAGCGAUCUGGAACACAUGUUGACAGAGCCAUGUCCAUUCUCGGCCAGUUCAGUCAAUUUAUCGACAUUAGCAGAGACAGUUCCAAGUCCUUUGCUGCUAAGAACAACGUCACCGUCUCCCGAGUUGACAUGGCCGAAGUUGUGCAAGCCAGACUCGAUGUCGUCGGCAGCCUGUUCCAACAGACCUUCAAGGACUUUAAGCCACAGCCAUCCACUGAGCUGUCUGUUUUGCCUCUGUCGGAUCUUGCAUCUGUAAUUUACAAGAUCCAAACAGAGUCAACUGUUGUGUCCUUGCAAGACGACAGCAUGGUGCUAAUGCCUGCUCCAGCCACUGAGCCCCUACAGCUUGAUGACAAGGCUACUUAUGUUCUGGUUGGUGGUCUGGGCGCCCUCGGACUUGACAUUGCCAACUGGAUGGCAGAGUAUGGAGCCAAGAACCUUGUUUUCCUUUCGAGAUCUGGUGGUGCCAAGAACCAGGAGGAUCUGCAAAAGUUUACAGAUCGCGGUGUGCAGGCUGAGGCUUUCAAGUGUGAUAUCAAUGACGCUCUGAGCGUUGCCACAGUAUUUGACAACUUGAAGACAAGCGGACGAAAGAUCGGUGGUGUCAUUCAACUGGCCAUGGUUUUGGAUGAUGGUAUCUUUGACAACAUGUCUUUUGCCCAAUGGCGACAUGCCAUUGAGCCAAAGACCCGAGGUUCUCGCAACUUGCUCGCCAACAUCUGGCCAGAGGAUAACACUUUCUUCAUCCUUUUGUCUUCCAUUACGGGCGUAAUCGGCAAUACGGCCCAGGCAAACUACGCUUCUGGCAACACCUUUGAGGAUGCUCUUGCGCACUAUGCCAACACACAUCUCAACAUCAAUGCCACCAGUAUUGACGUUGGUCUAGUAUCUGAUUCAUCCCAUUUUACAAAUGCUGGUGAAUUUGGAGACCUGGCCAGUUACCUUGGCAGAUAUCAGCACGGCUGGAAGGGCCUACAGACUAACCUUGGCGAACUUGGUGUCGUGAUGCGCGCCGUGAUGAAGUGUGCCACCACGUCUGGACAGCGUGCACCUGCACAGCUGGUCUUGGGUCUAGGUGAAGGAAUCGAACACAACGAGGCCAUGGGUGGAUUCUCCAAAGAUAAAAAGUUUGAGCUGCGCGUUGUUGACAGUGGCGCCAGCAGCGAUGGUGACUCCAAGCAGGACGUUGGCACACUGCUCUCCAACGCCACAACCAUGGCCGAGGCUGCAGCUGCUGUCGAAGAUAAUAUUAAGGAGCUGGUUGCUGCUGCUAUGGGCGUUUCUCUGGACGAAGUGGACUCCCAAAAGCCUCUGUAUGACUACGGUGUGGAUUCUCUGCAAGCUGUUGAGAUUCGAAACCGCGCUCUCAAGAACAUGAAGAGCGACAUUUCUGUGUUUGAUAUUCUGAGCGCUAUGCCGCUGGCCGAUGUAGCUGCAAAGAUUGCUGGCAAGAGUAAGCUGGUCAAAGUUACGGUCAGUGAGGAAUAA